AUGGCUGCCCGCAACACUCUUCGCCGUUCUCUCCUCUAUGUCCCCGGCUCCUCGCAGCGCUUUCUCGACAAGUCCCGCUCCUUAGCGGCAGACUGUCUGACCUAUGACCUCGAAGACAGCGUGACUCCGCAUAUGAAAGCUGAAGCUCGCACCCUCGUGCGGAGAGCAAUCGACCUACCAACCCCGAGCACCAUCCGCGAACGUGCCGUGCGUAUUAACUCCGUAGACAGUGGACUCGCCCUGGGUGAUCUGACUGAAGUAGUCAACUCUGCCUCAGACCUCACCUUUGUCACGGAUGUGAUAACCCACACAUUGGCUCAACAACCCCAAACCUCAACCCCUCGCCCUCCAAUCUCUCUUCUCGCCCUCAUCGAAUCCGCCAAAUCCCUCACAAACCUCUCCGGCAUAACAGCCUCCACACCUUUACUUCAAGGCCUAAUCUUCGCAGCGGAGGACUUCGCCCUAGAUCUGAGUCUUACACGAACCCCUUCCUUAACCGAAUUCCUCUUCGCCCGCUCCGCAAUCGCAACAGCUGCCCGGGCCGCAGAUCUCCCAUCUACAAUUGAUCUUGUUUGCACAUCCUACAAAUCCGAUAAAGCGGAUGGGAGUCCACCUGCGGCACUGGAAGAGGAGUGUCGGGAUGGAAGACGGUUGGGAUUUAACGGGAAACAGUGUAUUCAUCCUACUCAGGUGAAGACUGCGAAUGCGAUUUUUGGACCGGAUGCUGAGGAGACGAAGUGGGCUGUUAGGUGCGUGAUUGCGGAUGAGAAGGCAGCUGCGCAGGGCAGAGGUGCUUGGACGCUCGAUGGCAAGAUGAUUGAUGUGCCGGUUGCGGAGAAGGCGAGGGCUAUUGUUAGGAAGGCGGAGGCUUGUGGGUUUGAUGUUGAGGGAUUGAGGAAGGAGUGGCAGCAUCAGGAGCCAGAGUAA